AUGAAUGGACUGGGUGUGUUUGUCUUCGGACGAAUAAACAGCACCGGGGACUACGGCAGAGUCGGCCACAACCCCGCAAGCUUCACCACCACAAGCAGCGGCUGCAUCACCAUCAUCAUUACUCAUAGCGCUACAUCACGUUCACCGCAGUCAGCCACUCUAACACCUACGGUCCCACUGAGGUUGCGGGCCCCCAGACAGAGGAGGUGUAGUCGGUCAGGCAGGGGGAGUUUCUCCCGCUCUCGCUCCCUCUCCCUGCACCCAGCUCAGCAUGCCCCAGCCCCUGAGCACCUCCACAGCUCUCCCAGCUCCACUACCAUGUGUAGAUGGACAGUGACACAAGGUGCACCGGUCGCCUGGUUCUCCACCUGCCCCUGCUACAGACCUCCUUCACUCCUCCUCUCCAUCAUCUUCUUCCUCCUGCUUCUCCUGCUCGGACCCUCCUCAUCCUCACCCCUGUCCGCUUCAUCACCAGACUCUGAGAAGAACCACAAUGCACAGCGAGGGGCUCCCCCUCACAUCUUCCUCUCAUCACCGGCACCGCUGCACGCAUCCUCUCCGAGGUUGCCAAGAGCGACCAACGUGUCAUCGUCAUCUGCGACGGUCGUCGGGCGCCACGUGCGGAGCAGCUACAACCAUCUGCAAGGAGAUGUGCGCAGGAGGAAACUGUUCUCCUUCCAGAAAUUCUUCCUUCGCAUCGACAAGAAAGGAAAAGUUAAUGGCACCAAAAGUGAGGAUGAUCCAUACAGUAUGUUGGAGAUCAAGUCAGUGGAUGUGGGAGUCGUGGCCAUCAGGGGCCUCAGCAGCAACUACUACCUGGCAAUCAGCAAGAAGGGAGAGCUAUACGGAGCGAGGGACUUUGGUCCGGACUGUCGUCUGAUUGAACGCAUCGAGGAGAACAAGUACAACACCUACGCUUCUGCAGAGUGGCGCAACAAGAAAAAGCACAUGUUUGUGGGACUGAACGCCAACGGCAAGUCAAUGAGGGGGAGGAAGACACGUAGGAAAAACACUGCCACUCACUUCCUGCCCAUUGUGGUACAACCACGAUGAUUGAACAUAUCAGCCACGACAGAGCUCCGCACAAUGCAGGGCAUCGGACUUUUAUGGAGUUACAGCGACGGCUACAUUGGACAGAUCUGAAUCAGAUCUGAAUGAUGCACUGAGGAGGAAUGGAAUGGAAACCUAUGGACAUUUUUAAUCUCUGUUGGAUUAAGACAUUUCUAUUUUUAAAGAAAGAAAUAAGAUAUAUUGCCUUACAAUGUAUAUAUUAUUUUCUGUUUUAAGUUAUCAAGUACAUUGGCACAGUAGAACAUAUGAAAAUAAAUGACUUCUGUGCCAAAAUGUGAUUUGUAACUCACAUUUCUAGAUUUGUGUACAUGUAAAGCGCUUGACAGGGAAGAAAUACAAUGACAGAAUAUGUAAGAGAGGAAAAGAAAAAGACGAGAAGAGGAAGCAUGGAUAGAAAGCUGACUGGUAGAAAAGGAGGAGAAAAGACAAGCAGCAAAA